UGAAGCAAAGAUUUGUGUUUUAUUAGCUCGUCCUUCAAGGUUAAGGUUGGCGUUUUAAUUCAGAAUUAAAGACAGUGUUGAAUGAUGAGUUACACUUGAAAGUUUCUUGGAACCUGAUGUUUCUAUUAGUUUUGUGUUUUAGAGAACCAUAAAGAAAUUAUAUAAAAUCCUAAAUAAUCAAAAUAUGUUUAGGAGCUGCAUGAAUCAUAAUUUCUGGCUGUUGAAUAUGACUAUUUUUGGGGCUGAUACACUUGAAAAUAGAUGGUAUCAAACCAUGAGGUUUAUUGGAAAAUGCUGCCUGCGUGAACUCGUGCAUGUAAGUUUGUGAGGGCUUCUGUUUCAUACUUGUGACCUGAAUAGCUGGAUCAGUUUCUACACAGGGAUUGAAGGAGAGGGAAUAAAGUGAAAAACAAGCUAGGAAAUAAAACAAAAAUUCCGGAAAAAUACUCAGAAAUCUCCCAAGCCGAGAUGUGCCAUACUUGUGUAAGAAGGAUCAGAAGGCAGAGCUUGGGCACAUGACCUCAAGCUACUCAAUGCAAAUGAGGGAGCGUAUCCUCAGGUUUUUGGCACAAAGGGUUCCUCGCUGUUGGAAGCAUGCUAUCAGCUAAACCAGUUCUGGAUGCAGUGCAAGCUUUGGCAGUAGAAGAAAUGCUUGGAUACUCUCUGAAGAUUGAAGGCAAUGAGGUUUGCUGGGAUGGGUAAUCUUCUUAAGGUCCUUACCAGGGAAAUUGAAAACUAUCCACAUUUUUUCCUGGAUUUUGAAAAUGCACAGCCCACGGAUGGAGAAAGGGAGGUAUGGAACCAGAUCAGUGCAGUUUUACAGGACUCAGAAAGCAUGCUUGCAGACCUUCAGGCUUACAAGGGAGCUGGACAAGAAAUUAGAGAUGCAAUACAAAAUCCCAAUGAUAUCCAGCUGCAAGAAAAAGCAUGGAAUUCAGUCUGUCCCCUGGUUGUGAGACUAAAGCGCUUUUAUGAGUUUUCACUCAGACUAGAGAAAGCYCUCCAGAGUUUACUGGAAUCCUUGACAUGCCCUCCCUACACUCCAACUCAGCACCUGGAACGGGAACAGGCUCUAGCGAAAGAGUUUGCAGAAAUCUUACAUUUUACUCUUCGUUUUGAUGAACUUAAGAUGAGAAAUCCAGCAAUUCAGAACGACUUCAGUUAUUACAGGCGGACAAUAAGUCGCAACAGAAUAAACAACAUGCAUCUAGACAUUGAGAAUGAAGUGAACAAUGAAAUGGCCAAUAGGAUGUCCCUGUUCUAUGCAGAGGCCACACCAAUGCUGAAGACACUCAGUAAUGCAACGACACAUUUUGUAUCAGAAAACAAAACGUUACCAAUUGAAAAUACAACAGACUGUCUAAGUACUAUGGCCAGUGUAUGUAAAGUCAUGUUGGAAACGCCGGAGUACAGGAGUAGAUUCACCAGUGAAGAGACCCUUAUGUUCUGCAUGCGAGUAAUGGUGGGAGUUAUUAUUCUGUACGAUCACGUUCAUCCUGUGGGAGCUUUCUCAAAGACAUCAAAGAUUGAUAUGAAGGGAUGCAUAAAAGUUUUAAAGGAACAACCACCUGAUUCUGUGGAAGGACUUCUGAAUGCUCUCAGGUUCACUACAAAACACCUGAAUGAUGAAUCUACUUCAAAACAAAUUCGAGCUAUGCUGCUGUAGUAUCCAGAGACAAGUAGAUGUUUGUAUUGAUCACAGAAGAUGUGUAUGUUUACAUAAUUUAAUACAGUUUGAUGUUAAUACUUGUGUGUAUUUACAUAACCAUUUUCUUCACACUGCUAAAAUAUAUGAAUCUGUUCAUAACCUGACUGACUUUAUAUAGUGCAACCUAAGUUUUUAUGCUAGCCUUUAUCUUUUGACUUUUAAAAUACUUUUUUACUUAGAUACUUCAGUUAUGACAGUUUAUCUGUGCAUUUUAAUCCUUAAACACCUUCUCUAUCAGAGAAGUAAGUAGUAGUGAAGACAAAAUGGAAAUCAAACUGAAAUGUCAAAGGUACCACAGAAAAGAAACUUUAAAGAAAAGGAAAGUUAAUGUAAGAGAAAGUAAAAUUCACUGGGUAUGUUUUAAAGAACUGUGCUUGGUCAGUUUUAGGAUCUCGUCAAGCUAGUAUGAACAGGAGAAUACCUGAAUGUUCAUCACUGUCAUAAAAUGCAUUGUCUUYCCUGUAAUAAGUGGAGAUCCACCUAAUUUUAAGGAUUAUGUGCUGUCUGGCAUCCAAAAAUAUAUUUCAAAUAGGCAAUUUUAAAUUAAGUAUAACCUGUACCUUUCAACAGUUGAGGAAAUUAAUAUCCUUUUUCAGAUUGAGUAUGAAUAAACAGAAUAUAUGCUUAAAGAUCAUUGAUAGAUUUUGAAAAUUCUGUAUAAUUCUAUUAGAUUUAGAAAGGAAAGGGAAAAUACUAAUGCCUUGRCUUAACUGGAAAAGGUUUGUCAGUGUAAAUAUAUCACAAUGAACAUUAACUCCCUCAUAGCUCUAGCCAGUAAGUAAAAUUUGCUGAUCUAAACUAGUACACUCUUCUGUAGCAGCCAACUCCCCUAGUGUCAAAUCAGCCUCAUCAAACUAGGGAUGGUUUAAGUUUAAGAGCUGACCUGWUAUUAGGAGCUCCAUCAAGUUCCUGAUAGUGUUAUUCAUUAGAUGAUUCAGAGUCAACACAGAAGUAUUUAUCAGCUGACUGCUCUUCACUGG